AUGAGAGUUCGAUAAAUUGCACUGCUUGUACUAAUUUACUCCUCCAGUGUAUUAUCACAGGAGGAUCAAGAUUUGGAGGAGCAUUAAUUGCUAACAAACUUGACUAGCGAGAAUUUCUUUAGUGAAAUUCAAAAAGGCGAUUGGAUUAUUAACGUAUGCCAUGAUUAUCACUGGGAGUGCAAGGAUUACAACAAGAAAUUCAAAUCUGAAUAAUUCUUCUAUCUAUCAGAUUAUGGUAAUGUUGGGUAUGUAGAUCUCUAUAAAUGGUACUAUUUUACUGAUUAUUUCAAAGCUCCAAGGUCACCAACUCUGCUAUAUAUUAAAAAUGGCACUGAUUAUUAUGAGUUUGAAGGAGAUGCUAAUGAUCUAAAAGCAAUAGUGAGAUUUUUAGAAAGGGGAUAUAAAAAACUAGAAUCUAAGAAAGUUCCUAGAGAAAAGACAUAUUUAGAUUUCGCUUAAUAUCUGGCUGAAGGUUUAUGUGAAGGAGUCAUUAGAGGAAUAAGCAUUUUAAUGAGGGAAAUAGGUUUAGGUGAUUUUCAUUAUAGUAUAUAGAUAGCAUUUAUAGGUGCAGUUAUUUUUGCUCAUUAUGCUUUUGUUGCUUGGAUGGUUAGAAAAUUAGAGAAAGAAAAACCUGAAUGA